AUGCAUUUUUGGAUUCUAGAUAUGGUGCACCCUAAUGUUAUCCUUAAACCUAUUGUGUCUAUAGAUAUCAAACAUGUUGAUGUCAAAGAGGUAGAUGUUGAUAUAAGACUUGCAUUUGUGACACUGAGAUGCGAAAGAAGUGACAAGUAUAGAACUCCUAUCUGGAAGUUCAAACGAGAUGACAUUGUUUCAAGGAAAUGUAAGUGUCCUUUUAAGUGGUGUGAUUAUCUUUUAGAAAAUAAUAAAUGGAGAUUUAAUGUGAUUAGUGGUUUACAUAACCAUGAUAUGUGUGACAAGUUAGUCGGUCAUCCCAUUGCAUGUCGCCUUAUGCCUGAAGAGAAGGAAAUUGUUUCAGACAUGACAUUGAAUAUGGUGCAUCCCAAAAACAUACUUGCAACUUUAAAACAUAAAAGAUCCAGAAAUAUCUCAAUAUCAAGCAAGUACCAAGCGUGUGAUGAUGAAUUAGCUGCUCGAGAUAUAUUUUGGACUCAUCCUAAUUUCAUAAAGUUGUUCAACACAUUUUUCACUGUGCUCAUCAUUGAUUCAACGUAUAAGACCAACAAGUACAAGUUUAUACUAUUGGAAAUUAUUGGUGUUACCGCUACCGAAAAGACUUAUUCGGUUGAGUUUGCAUUUUUUGAGAGCGAAAAAGAGAAAAAUAUUACUUGGACUUUAAAAAUGUGUCGGACAAUAUUGAAGGACAAAGAAAAUACACUGAAGGUCAUUGUCACCGAUUGUGAUACUGCAUUGAUGAAUUCAAUUGCAAAUGUGUUUCUUACUUCAUAG